AUGACCAGGUGUUUUGACCUACAACAACUGCUUGCUGAAAAGAACGCCAUGGGAAAGCGCUCUGGAGCUGCUGGAGACGAUCUUCCGCCAGGUGCCACACCCGAAGUCACCACCUACAACGCCAUGAUCACUCGACUGCGGGGAGCCUGGUGCAAAGGCUUUCUGAUGUUUCAUCAACUGAACUUCAUCGCGCUUCAAGCCGACAUACUGAGCUUCAACAGCGCAUUAGCUUUGCUUCCUUGGAGGUCCGCCUUGGAUCUUCACUCAAAUACGGCCUCCUUGACCGCGUCGUCCUUGCGGCUGGAUGGGAUCAGCUUCGGUUCCGUCCAGCAGUCCUUGUGCUCGGCGCCAUGGCCCCUGGGCCUUGUACUGACGGAGAGGGCGACGGUCUCGGCGACGGCCUUAACCAGUUGGAGUCGCAACAUCGCUGCGACCUCUGCAACCACAGCAUCCGGGUGGUGGUUGGCUCUGCAGAUUUUGGGCAGGAGCGACGACCUUUUGGGGAUGAAUUUAGCUUUGCAUGCUGCUACUUCAGCCUCCCAAUGGCAAGAUGUUUUGAUGACCUUUGAAGGAGCUAAGGCCGGCGGCCUUCGUCGAGAGCCAGAUGUGGUCUCCAAGGGCACACUGAUCAACGCUUUAGACCUGGCACAAGAAUGGCGCUUCGCCUUCGCUGUCCUCGUCGAUGGUCGGACGACCACGAACACGAUGUGCUACAACAGUGCCAGCAGUUCUGCAGCCAAAACUGGACAUUGGCAAGUUUCCUGUCAGCUGCUCUUGAGCAUGUCUAGUGCCUCCUUUGAAGCCGACCUCAUCAGCUUCAACGCGGCCGCGUCCUUUGGAACUUCCGCCGUAGGUCGCUGGGCCAUGGCCUCGACGGUGUUGCAACGGGCGCAAGAAGUGAGCUGUCGCUUGAGUGAAGUGAGCUUCGGCGCGUCCGUCGUCAGUGCUGAAUGGCCUCGCGCUUUGGCCGUGAUGGACGUGCUGCGCAUGGAGAUUCAACUUACUGAGAUCCAUUGCAAUGCUGCCAUCAGCGUUUGUGCAGGCGCAGCCUGCUGGAGCUGGGCGUUACACUUGCUCUCUUCGCUACAGCGCUGGAGGAUCCAAGGGGACACCAUCGCGGUGAAUAGUAUGCUGGAUGCCUGCGAAAAGGGGAAGCAAUGGCAAUUGGCUUUGCACUUGCUCUUCGAAUUUCUGGCCUUGCAUGUCGUCAUGGACGAAAUCAGUUUCAACUCAGUUCUGGGUUCCUGCCUGCAGGGCUGCAUGGGCAAAAAAUGGCACGUGCUGAGGGGAGAGCGCUCGGGUGGGGUGAGCGGGUUAUGUGGUUUUCAAGGCGGGAGAUUGGGAAAUGGCUGCUGA